AUGACCGCAUCGGGAAACGGUGCAGAAGCAGCAAAGGAUGGUGUCGGCAGUAGCAGUGGCCUCUCGCUGCGAGAAAGGAUGCGAUUGAAAGCGCAGCAGCAGCUUCAAGACAAAGCGCAACCCACCUCGGUCGCCAGCUCCAGCAUCGACACGAGGGAUCUCGUUGCCAUCGAUGUCGAGAGUGAUGAGGAGGAUCUCGGCGCCCUCACACUCGGACGCUCAAAACGACAGGCCGCGCUCAAGCGACCCGCUACAUAUAGCAUCGACCCGCUCGACGACUCUUCCCGACUCAAGCGCCAUCCGAACAAGCUUCCCACCUCGCUCGCAAAAUAUGCUGCCGUACCAACCAGCAAGACGAAAGGUAUCGAUGGGCUGCUGCGCGAACAGCAGCGUAGGGCGAAACGUGGCACGGAUGCAGACGGUUUCUCGAGGGCAGAAGCGAUCGCACUCAGCAUGGAGCAGGAGAGACUAGGUCGCAUGGGAAUUGCGUUUUCAGACAUGGAUUCUGAUGACGUGCGUUCUGCUGCUGGCGAAAGAUCCCGAUCUUCGAGUGUGGAUCCGAGACAGACGAAAUGGACGAAUCUCAAUACGAAUCGCAAUGGGCUCAACGACAACGGAAAAGAGCGAGAGACGACAGUCAGAGCUCUGUCGCCAACGAUUCCAUCGUUUCUAUGGUCCUCGCAGUCCGAAGCCAGUGACUCAGAUGACGAUGCGGAACGCCAUGUCGAUGCGAGCAAGACAAAGCAGCAGGUCGAAGCAUCUCUCGCUGCAGUCGGCGCGGAUGAGGACGAAAAGCAGCUCGCACUCGACAUUCUUCAAUCAGACGUCGUCCGCAGCAGGGCUGGUGACGUAUCAGGUUCCAAGGAUCGCAUCACUUUCUACAGAUCAGGCAAGGUGCUUGCUCCUGUCACGAAUACCUUUUGUCCUUUGCCGUGCGUCGCUCGAGACAAGGAGAGCAAGGCAUCCACCCAAGUUGCGGAGAAGACAACAGCGACACAGGCCUCGGUAGCAGCAGCUCCAGAUGCAUUCGACUGGAGCACCCUCGCUCGCCACAUCCUUCUCGCUGGUAUGCUUUUACCUUCUCUGUAUCUCGACAAGCGUCAGAUCAGACGUAUCUUGGUCUGGCUCGGCAUUUCGUUCGUCCUCGAGCGCAAUGUCAUGCAGAGUCGUCUCAUCUCGACGCUCUUCCAAUCGCUAAUCUUUCAACCGGAAAAGUCGUUCUACGCUCGACAGCUCGACUCGACCAUUCCACGAGCGCUCAACGACAUAGUUCGACGUGUGCCCCACAUUCUCAACGGCAUCGGAAUGGACGACACCGUGUUCGAAAAGUGUUUUCCUGAUCAUACCAGCAGAACCGAUGUUCCUUGCUUCACCGUAGCUCGACGCAAGGCUGUUCCAUCGCAGACACAGGACGGAGCUAGCAGCUCGUCACCUAGUGCCGAGUUUCUCGAGUUCAAAGCGUACCUCACGCAAACCGAACGCGACGACAUUCUGAUAAACCUGGCCCGCUUGCUCAAUACGAUCGCCAGCGCCUCCCCGGAUCCUACUUUUGUGACCGACAAUCUUUCCGUGUUUGCCGGAUACGUCUCGAGCAUGGCGAUCGCUUGUGCGGCCACCACGAACCAUGCCGUGUCGGAUGCGGUGGCGGGCGCCUUCAACAGCAUCUUUGCCCUUGUAGCCGGAGAAGGGGAAGACACUUUGCGAAAGCUACAAGCAGGGGUGUGUACGAGAACGUUCGGCGCACUCUCAAACGACUCAAUAGCGGUACGAGCAAGGGUGGUGGGAGCAUUUCCGGGAGACUGCGAGGAAAUUAGCGCAGUGGGGAGGUGGUUGGCGUGGUACGCAUUGACCGAGGACGUUGCACGAGCACAGACGGAGAUCAAAGCAGCUUCGCCUCCGCCCGAUGGUGUUGCCGAGGUGGUGCCGUCUUCGGAUCCUUGCGCCGAUGAUGGUGAGGACGACUCGAAAGGUGGACUAGGAAAGGCGGAAAGCGAGAGUAGAAGACGGAUCCAGUUCGAGUCGCUGUCACUUGAUCUCGAGAUGCUUGCGAAGGCGAUCGACGCGAGAGAUCCCAACUCUCCUUUCCGCAUCGCGCCGGCUACAGUCGAAAGACUUGCGGACGAAGAAAGCUCUCCGAGCACACCACGACCCGGAUCUGUCGACACCGCCGACGCUCGCAGCAGCACAAGUUUCGAGACGAUUCUGGCCGCGACUCAACUCGUCUCCCUCUGUCUGCGCGAUCUACCCCUCCACAUGUGUUCAUUCACACCCACGACACCGACACCAUCGCAGCCUCACGCCGAUUCCGCUGCAGGUAAAUGGACGAAAGCACUUCGGCACGCACUCGAGCCGUAUUCGUCGAUGAAUCCGCAAUUGGAUGAAACUCGCAUCGCUGCAUUGCAGAAUAUCGUCGAGAGACUGGCAGGUGUCAAUGGCAGGAUCAGGGAUGAUAGGGGCAACGUGAUUCUGCAGACGCUGGCGAAGGACCGGCUGCUAAUGCUGUGCCAUGCGUUGGAGUAUGAGUUGGAGGUGUUUUCGGGGAAAGGAGAGGUGAGGGGAUCGUUCAUCAAGUGA